GUCAACCUGCCUCUAGCAACUUACCCUGAAAAUUAGUUGGCAACACGUUGCUCAUUGAGAAGAGUAAGAACGAUACGUGCUUCACGCCAGAGUUUCCAAAAGUCUCCAAUAACACCAGAAAAAGUCGCUAGUCUCUUUUUUUGAAAAUGUGCGCUAGAGGGGUCUGAAUACUCGCGAAAUAUAGCGACAACGUCGCUAAGUUGGCAACACUGGCGGAGGACCGAAAGGCGAACACGUGCUACACCAGCAGAGAGAUGAGUUCUAGUGAUGACGUGAGGUUCAACAUGGACAACAAGCAAAUGGACCAGUUUGGCGGAAUGGGAGAAAAAGCGCUACAGAAACAUGAAGAGGAACCACUUGGCAAUGUUGGCUAUGGGUCUGCACCCGCUGGUCCCUGUAUUUAUGAUGCAUGGCCGGAGAGGAAGGAGAGAGAGCGUAGAUCGCCCCCACAAGGACCUAGUGACACAGUGGAGGAAGAAUGGACCCCUCACCUGGAGAGAAAAUACCAGGGUAAAACUCAAUGGAGAAGGGAGAAUAAGUCCAGAACACAUUCUACAGCCUCCACAUCUAACCCCCCUCAGUCCAGAACACCUUCUCCAGCCUCCACAUCUAAACCCCCUCAGUCCAGAACACCUUCUCCAGCCUCCACAUCUAAACCCCCUCAGUCCAGAACACCUUCUCCAGCCUCCACAUCUAAACCCCCUCAGUCCAGAACACCUUCUACAGCCUCCACAUCUAAACCCCCUCAGUCCAGAACACCUUCUACAGCCUCCACAUCUAAACCCCCUCAGUCCAGAACACCUUCUCCAGCCUCCACAUCUAAACCCCCUCAGUUCAGAACAACUUCUCCAGCCUCCACAUCGAAAACCCCUCAGUCCAGAACACCUUCAACAGAAACCACUUCUAAACUCCCUCAGUCCAGAACACCUUCAAUAGAAACCACUUCUAAACCCUCUCAGUCCAUAACAACUAAAACAUCAUUGACUACAGGAUCCAAUAUCUCACCUGCUAUCUCAGCCUCAACCAAAACCCUCAACACAGCGACCUUAACCCCUACUGAUUCACAGACCUUAACCUCGUCCCCAACCAGAACCAAACGUUCUGACACCACAGCCACACCUAAAGCCUCGACAAGCUCUGAGGUGACCCCGGCCUCAGCCACGUCCACUGCUACACAGGUAACCACCAGGUCUGACCCCUCGACCCCAGCCAGACCACAGCUGAGCAGAGGACCAGUGGUGACACGUAUUUACACCUGGAUGUGGACUGACUGGUGCAGUCACAAAAUGGGAAGAAAACCUUCAAGACAACCUCACCUGGAUGAGCUGACUGGAGAGAGAGAAGGAGAGGCGAGAGAAGAGGAGAGACAGGAGCUGCUGAACGAAGAGAGAGACGGAGAAGAGGAGAGACAGGAGCUGCUGAACGAAGAGAGAGACGGAGAAAAGGAGAGAGAUGGAGAAGAGGAGAGACAGGAGCUGCUGAACGAAGAGAGAGACGGAGAAAAGGAGAGAGAUGGAGAAGAGGAGAGACAGGAGCUGCUGAACGAAGAGAGAGACGGAGAAAAGGAGAGAGAUGGAGAAGAGGAGAGACAGGAGCUGCUGAACGAAGAGAGAGACGGAGAAAAGGAGAGAGCGAGAGAAGUGAGACAGGAGCUGCUGAACGAAGAGAGAGACUUAAAAAAGGAGAGAGCGAGAAAAGAGAGACAGGAGCAGCUGAACGAAGAGAGAGACUUAGAAAAGGAGAGAGCGAGAAAAGAGGAGAGACAGGAGCAGCUGAACGAAGAGAGAGACGGAGAAAGGGAGAGAGCGAGAGAAGGAGGGAUGGAAUCAGAGUGGAUGAGUGGGGGACAGGAGGAGAGCGGGAGUGAAGGAGAGAGCACACCCAGCAGCUCUCACAGGGACCCAGUGUGUGUGUCAGAGCAGAUGAAGAGGGCGUGGCUAAAGCAGGUGAACCUCCGCAGCAGAGUCAGAGUCGGCUAUACCGAGGAAGAGGAGCUGAGAGACGAAGAUUACCUCUUCUGUGAGGAGUGCAAGUCUUUCUUCAUCGAGGAGUGUGAGCUCCACGGUCCCCCCCUCUUCAUCCCAGACACCCCUGCCCCCCUGGGGGCCCCAGACAGGGCCAGACUCACCCUGCCGCCCGGCCUGGAGGUCAGGACAUCAGCCAUCCCUGGAGCUGGGCUGGGGGUCUUCAACCACGGACACAGCGUGACCCAAGGGACGCACUACGGACCGUAUGAAGGAGAACUCACAGACACGGAGCUGGCCAUGGAGAGUGGAUACUCCUGGAUGAUCUACAAAAGCAAGCAGAGUGACGAGUACAUUGAUGCCAAGAGAGACACUCACUCCAACUGGAUGAGGUAUGUGAACUGUGCCCGUAGUGAGGAAGAGCAGAAUCUGGUGGCUUUCCAGUACAGAGGAGGGAUUCUGUACCGCUGCUGUAAGCCUAUAGCUGUUGGAGAGGAGCUGUUGGUUUGGUACGGAGAGGAGUAUGCCAGAGAACUGGGCAUCGUCUUCGACUUCCUCUGGGACAGAAAGAGCUCCGCUCGAGGUGUGAAUGAGUCGUCCCAGUCUCAGAUCUUUUCCUGCUCUGGUUGUCCGUUUUCCUUCACGGCUCAGAUCUACCUCUACAAGCACACAAAGAGAUGCCACAGGGAAGAGUACGUCAGGCUGCCGAGGAGUGGAGGGAUUAGAUCAGAGACACUAGCACCACCCAGUGGCUCUCAGCGGUGUUCAACUCCAGAUCGCACCCCAAUCACACUCCUCACCCAGAAACACAGAGACACAGGGAAGCCAAGUCUUCACCACUGCUCUCAGUGUGGGAAGAGUUUCCAUCGCUCAGGAGACUUAAAGGUGCACCAACAUACUCACACAGGAGAGAGGCCAUAUCACUGUUCCCAGUGUGGGAAGAGGUUCAGUGUGUCAGGAAAUUUAAAGACACACCAGCGUACUCACACAGGAGAGAGGCUGUAUCACUGCUCUCAGUGUGGGAAGAGAUUCCAUCGAUUAGACUUAAAGGUGCACCAACGUACUCACACAGGAGAAAGGCCGUAUCACUGUUCCCAGUGUGGGAAGAGGUUCAGUGUGUCAGGAAAUUUAAAGACACACCAGCGUACUCACACAGGAGAGAGGCCGUAUCACUGCUCUCAGUGUGGGAAGAGUUUCCAUCGAUCAGGAGACUUAAAUGUGCACCAACGUACUCACACAGGAGAAAGGCCGUAUCACUGUUCCCAGUGUGGGAAGAGGUUCAGUGUGUCAGGAAAUUUAAAGACACACCAGCGUAUUCACACAGGAGAGAGGCCGUAUCACUGCUCUCAGUGUGGGAAGAGUUUCAGAGAGUCAGGGAGUGCUAAGAGACACCAGCGUAUUCACACAGGAGAGAAUCCGUGCGACAGUCAGGAAGCUUAAAAAGGCGUACUCACGCCUGAGUCACUAGCACCAACUGAUUUACCUGUGGCAUUCCAAAACUCAAAAUGCCGCAAAUAGUUUGUUGGAAUAAAAAGCUAGUUUAACUGUG